AUGAAUUCCAUAUCAAGUUUUGUUUCAACUUUGCUGCCAACAUUUUCUGUUACCAAAACUUUGAGUCAUGAAAUUAAUACAACUUCUUUGUUUUAUUCAACUACCAAGUUGGCGAAUCAUUCCAUAUCUGAUGUAGACAAGUGCACAAAUCCACUCGUAACUUUGGAUAUCACCUUACCACCAACCUCCCCAGAUCCCAAGUUAAAUCUGAGUCAGGCUUUUCAGAAUUACUGGGUUAUAACUGUGAUCAAAGUGCAUCUUGAUAUCAACAUCAGUGCAGUGGCUUUCCGUAGUGAAAUGGAACAUAAUCUUGCUCAGGCAUAUGUUGAAGCUUAUCAAAGAGGUGAACGCAUUCUCAAUGGAACAUACCAGCCUCUCAGGAAAAAACGUUUUGCACUUGUGAAAGAUGUUGCAUUACAGAUGAUAAAUAUCACUCGUUCACAAACUACUUCCUCCAAUAAUGUCACUUUGGUUUAUUAUAUGGAGAAGAGAGGAAAACCUGUACCUGCAAUUAGUGCUGUCAGACACUUGUUGCUUCUGCAGCCACAAGAACUUGCUAUCUACCUGAAACAUGUUGUUGUUCUUUCUGCUGAAACUUAUUUAAAGCUACCCAACCCAGAGCCAUCCAAGGACUGGAUCAUUGGAGCUGUUCUUGGAACUUUGCUAUCCGCCUUAUUCCUUAUUUGGUGUAUUCUUUUCAUCUAUUUCAAGUGUUUCCGCAUGCGUCCAGCAAAAUCUACACACUCAAAAUCAGCUACUCCACAACUUAUGUUCAGUACUUCAAUGCAGGAUAUAAACACUGACACAAGUGAAGCAACUUUGAUACGAGAAGAAAAGCAAAUUGAAAGACAGUCUUCCCUGCUCAAGAAGAAGGGUCUCAAGAAACAGACAUACAGUGUGGCUUUGCAAAAAGUUGGCAGGAAAAGCAACAAAGAAUUCGGGAAAAGAAGAGAAGGAUCGGUAAAGGAUGCAGGUGUAGGGAAGAAAAAAGUGAAAUCUGUUAAAAAGACCGUCAAUGGAAAAACUGGUAAAAAUACUGAAAUGCAACCUGAUGCUGAAAUUAAUGUGGUUAAUGACUGUCAGAAACAAAAUGGCUGUGUUGUUAUGGAACAGAAUGAAUACCUAAAAGAAAAUGACAAUUACUCUGAUUAUGAAAUUGAACCGCCUAGAGUUCAAAUGCUUCCACCGCUUUCAAUUAAUGGUUGCACCAGUAGUGAACGGUUAUCUCCCUUUCAUUAUGUAAAUUUGCCACCAAUACAACAUAAUUUCAGCCUCACAGCUUCCAGACAAGAGGCUGAUGAUGAAUUGCGACAUCAAGCAGAUCAUCUAAGACGUAUUCAGAAACAAAGGCUGAAAGAAGAAAGACGUAAAAUGAGACAUGUUGAACUGUAUCAGAACAGUCCGCACUACUUUUUGAAUCAUGGUCAAGACAUGGAGGUUGAAAGUAAUCUAAGGAAAGACGUUGUAGAUGACUGCUACCCAGAAGAGUCCAGAAGAGGGUCAAGACGAAGACGGUACAAAAGGCGAGAGAAACACGAUUUGAGUUCACAAGAAGACAGCAGUUUGAAUGAUGCAUAUGAUGAUGGUGAGGAGACAUGGGCAAAUCAGCCUGAAACUCUACAAAAAACACGAGAAAAGAUGCACAAACUAUUGGACGAUGCUUUCCAGCUGAUAGCAAAGCAUGAAAGAAAAAAGAUAUCACCUGCCAUAACAUCUGUGAAUUCUGGUUAUACCCGAAGAAGUUCCAUUGUAAAGAGAAGAACUCGUCGGCAAAGAACCAAUCUCUUGGAAACACCUCCAGUUUCUUGUUACAGAAAAUCCUCCCCAUCAGAUUCAGCUCCUGAAGAAAAACUGGAUCGUCUACACACACCGUUGUUCCUUCAUAAACGUUAUUCUCCAUGUAACCAUCACCGAGUGAACCCUGCAAUUCCUCCCCCAUGGAAUGCAGCUGGAGAUGAGGCUGCUAAAAUUGCUGCUGAACAUCAAGCAUGGAGUUCUCCCUAUGUGUCUCCACGGUUGAACAGGUCAAAGAUAUUGAAUCCAUCUGAUCCAAGAGAAGAAAUGUGCCUUCCUACCAUCAGGUACCCAAGUGACCACAACCUGGUGGACUUUGGUUAUCAGCCAUCCUUUUCAUUCAAUCGGACAAGACUUUCCUCCCAGCUUUCUCCCUAUGCCUCUUCCAGACAAAUGUUCAACAACAGACAUUCAGAAUAUCAUUCUGUGGACAAUUCAGAUGAAAUGCCUGCCAGUUUGUUCCAGUCAGCUACACCUUAUUAUCCCUCAAACAUUGAAAAUAAUAUUGAACUGAAUACAUUUGAGCCUCCCUCAUUUGCCAAACACCUUUCACGUUCACCAGGAUCAUCAAAAACAAGCCCCAUAGAUGAUGAAAUUGAUGCCAUUCACAAGAACAUAAAGCAGGAGUCUUCUCCACAACCACUCAUCCAGUCAAUACGAGAAGAACUAAUGAGACUAUCCAAUGAGAAAGGAGAAAGAAAUUCUCUCCGAUCUAGGAUUGUUCUUGAUUGA